ACAACAUCCAGUCGUCUACACGUCACAGCUGUGUUUUCCAUUGUCCACAUAACAUGCUGCUAACAGGAGACCUUCCUUGUUCCCUAUAGUAAAUACAAACUACAGAUGGACCGCAGUUUGAAGCGCCGGCAGGUGAAACCCCUCGCUGCCUCUCUCUUAGAUGCCUUGGAUUAUGACAGCUCAGAUGACAGUGACUUUGAAGUGGGAGAUGCCUCAGGAUCAGACGGCACAGGCAACGGCAGUGAUGAGGAAGGGUCUAAAGCGAGCGCUGCAGGUUCAGAAAGUGACUCAGACAAUGCUGGUUCGGCAGAAGACGGUAUAGAUGAAGAGGAGGCCAAAGACCUGGCUGCUGAGGACAAUUUAACGGAAGAUGAAGAGAAGACCAAACAGCAGCCUUCCUCAGACAGCUCCACCAAAGACACCCCCGCUGUCUCCCCACCCAAAGGCCGACGCAAGAGCAAGAAGACGUCCGCUCCGGAGCCUGAGCCUGAGCCUGAGCCUGCUGUGGCCCCCGACACUGAAGCUACUUCAGCAUCAGGGUCUGGCAACGCAAACACAGAAGAGUCUCAGGCCGAGCCUAAGAAAUGGAAUUUCCGCAGGAACCGCCCCCUGCUGGACUUCACCACAAUGGAGGAACUGAAUGAGAUGGAUGACUAUGACAGCGAGGAUGAUAACGACUGGAGACCCACAGCAGGGAAGAAGAAAGGCAAAGCAGCUGCUCAAAAAGGAGGGACCGAGGAAGAGGGGGGUGGCAGUGCUAGUGACGAUAACGAUGAUGACGACGACGAUGAUGACGACGACGACGAUGAUGAUGAAGAAGACGAUGACAAAGAGGAUGGCGAUGACAACAACAACAACAACAACAGUAGCAGUGACAGUGAAAAAGAAGCGAAGAAGCCCAAGAAGAAAGUGAAGGGCACCAAUACUUUUGAUGAAGAGCUGACGAAUGACAGCAUGUCCCAGGGAAAGGGCAAUGAGGAUGCACUGCUGGACCGGUCUCAACCCUGGAGCACUCAGCACAUCCUCAUCUGCUGCGUCUGUCUGGGAGACAACAGCGAGGACGCCGAUGAGAUCAUUCAGUGUGACAACUGUGGGGUGACUGUGCAUGAAGGAUGUUAUGGUGUGGACGGUGAGAGCGACUCAAUCAUGAGCUCCGCCUCAGAAAAUUCGACAGAGCCUUGGUUCUGCGAUGCCUGUAAGAACGGAGUGACUCCCAGCUGUGAGCUGUGCCCCAACCAGGAUGGGAUCUUCAAAGAGACGGAUGCUGGGAGAUGGGUGCAUGUGGUUUGUGCACUUUACGUUCCCGGAGUAGCAUUUGGAGACAUCGAUAAACUACGACCGGUGACGCUCACAGAGAUGAAUUAUUCAAAAUACGGGGCCAAGGAGUGCAGUUUCUGUGAGGACGCUCGCUUUGCAAGGACCGGUGUGUGCAUCAGCUGUGAUGCAGGAAUGUGUCGCUCCUAUUUCCAUGUCACCUGUGCACAGAGGGAGGGACUCCUGUCUGAGGCUGCAGCAGAGGAGGAUAUUGCUGAUCCGUUUUUUGCGUACUGCAAACAACAUGCAGACCGCUUUGACAGGAAGUGGAAAAGGAAGAAUUAUCUGGCCUUGCAGUCUUACUGUAAAGUGUCUCUGCAGGAGAGAGAGAAACAGCUUACCCCUGAGGCUCAGGCCCGAAUCACUACCCGCCUGCAGCAGUACAGGGCAAAAGCAGAGCUGUCCAGGAACACUCGGCCUCAGGCGUGGGUGCCCCGGGAGAAGCUACCACGGCCGCUGACCUCUAGUGCCUCAGCCAUCAGGAAGCUGAUGAGGAAGGCAGAGCUGAUGGGCAUCAGCACUGACAUUUUCCCCGUGGACACAUCUGAUGCCAACGCCAGCUUGGACGGACGCAGGAAACACAAACAGCCUGCCCUCACAGCAGACUUUGUCAACUACUACCUGGAGCGGAACAUGCGAAUGAUCCAGAUCCAGGACAACAUCUCCGAACAGAAGAACUUAAAAGACAAGCUGGAGAGCGAACAAGAAAAACUGCACGUGGAGUACAACAAGCUCUGUGAGUCCCUGGAAGAGCUGCUGAAUGUGAACGGAGAGCUGCGGAGUGAGGGCCAGGCCAUGUGGACUCUGCUGGGGGGCAUCCUGGGCCAGAAACUAAACACCCCAGCUGUUCUGAAAGCCCCAAAGGAGAGGAAGCCCAGCAAGAAGGAAGGAGGAACACCAGGGAAGUCAUCCAGCCUGCCAGCAAUCCUCUACAGCUGUGGCAUCUGUAAGAAGAACCAGGACCAACAUCUGCUGGUGCUGUGUGAUACCUGUAAGCUCUACUACCACCUGGGCUGCCUGGAGCCGCCAUUAACACGCAUGCCCAAGAAGACCAAGAACAGCUACUGGCAAUGCUCCGAGUGUGACCAGGCCAGCAGCGAUGAGGCCGAUAUCGCCAUGGAGACGCUACCCGACGGCACCAAGAGGUCCAGGAGGCAGAUCAAAGGACCAAUCAAAUUCAUCCCACAGGAGAUGUCGCCGGAGCCCAAGAAACAUCAAGUGAGAGGCACGAGAACCAGAGGGCAGAAGAGGAAGAGGGUUCCCAUCUGUGAAGACAGAGAAGAUAAAAUUGAGGAACCACUGCCUCGGGAACGCCGACAACGCCAGUCUGCAAUGCAGAAAAAACCCAAAGCUGAUGACACGAGGACUGAGUGUACAACCUGCAAAGGACCAGGCGACAAUGAAAACCUUGUGAGGUUGUGAGAGCCGGGGCAGCCACCUCACCUCCCAUAAAAACUCGGGACAGAUGACCGUUGGCUUAGAGACAGAGAGAGGCAAAUUGAAGCGUUUGAAGAAUGGCGCUCGAGUCAGGCUGAAGAAAGAGACCGUCACGCCACCCCGCAACCACCCCCUGAUCCAAACUGGACCAACAACUGUCCAACGAAAAAUUGAACGGAACCGUCUGAAUCUAAAACAUGGACCUUAAGUGCUUAAGUGUUGUUGGAGUCAGUAUUUUUUUGGUUAAUGUUGGACGUUCAACUGCUUUUGCACACUACGAGUAACAUGGUUGACUCUUUUUAUGACCAGUUGUGGCUCAAGUUGCAUCUAUGCAAUUGUCAGCAUCCACAAAGUUUUGACCAAGAAAAAAAGAAGUUUGGAUUUAUACAGUUUAUGUUAAUUUAUGUUGUUAACCAUUUCAGGCUAUCUCUUGUGCUACUUAGGUAGCAUUUAACAAAUAUAAGUCACAGAUGUCUGAAGAGUUGAUCAUCGAGCCCACUGAUGGAUACGACUGUUCUGAAUUUAAUUUGUAAGACAAUGAGUCCUUGUAUCUUUAAAGAUCCCAUGAAAUGGUUUGAUUACUUCCUUAAUGUGAUGUAUUUUCUCUAUAAAAAGGGCAUUAGACAGUGAGGGAUGUAUCUGCUAUGGAGUGGAAAUCAGUAUGAUUUUAUAGGACCAGCAAAAAGACAGGAUUUUUAGUUUUCUAAUGAUAACAGUACGCCCACUAAUGAACCAUGAAGACCACUGAAGAGGCGCUGUUUUCCACCAAGAAGCAGUUUUCUAAAAAACUCAAGUGCCCGUUUCAUGAGAUCUUAAAGAUUGGGUUCAAAUCUGGCUUUUGAGUGCAAGAACUUCGUCCAAAGCCGACAAGCUUCUUGAUUGCUCACAUGGCAGCUGAGCGUCCCUCUGUUGGAAAUGAAUGGAAGACUCUUGGCUUGUCGAUCAUGUUGCUCGCAGUGUGGAAGCAUAGUAAAAAUCUCAAAGUGCAAUAACAGGCAGAAACCUGCUGCACUCAGUUGAUUUGUGCAUCAUCUGACUUAGGACGCUAUCCCGAAUACUUCCUCUCUAUGCCUCUAGGUGCUCACCUGCAUCCAACAUGUAUGUGGAUUAUUUUAGAUCAACUUUUUUUUUCCACUGGUACCAGGCUUGUGCCCAUACAACUUCCCAUCAAUACCAACCAGUCUUAUUUAAUGAAGUCAUUCAGUGUGAAUGUGGUUAAUUCCAGACACACUUGGACCCAGGCUUUCCCAGACUUGAAUGUUGUGUUGUGUUUUCUAAGUAAAUAGAGGACCAGAAGUAAUAAGACAAGUCAGUGUUGUGUAUAGAAAAGCCAACUGUUCCUGGUGUACCAAGUGUAGCAGUAAAUAAAUGCUACUAUACAGCAUCUGUAGUAGAAACAAACUAGUGUAGUUAGUGGUAAUAGCACUUCAAUAUUAGUCCAAGUGUCUUUAGGCAUUUAGAAGUUUUCCUCUGUCUCCAUAUCUUGAAGUGACAGUUAAACUGACACGUCCUCAGAAAGAAGCCCAGCUUUGUCUCCAUGUCCCUGGUGGCCCGUAGUCAAUGCUGUCAAAACAACAGCUGCUUGCUGCUCUGUCAGGGCUCAUGACAAGUGUCACAUUCUGCCCUCAUAUGUCAGUCUGUUGCCUGUACGGGGCCCUAUAUGCAUGCUUUUGGGAGCAGUCAAACCCAUGCAGUUUACUGCUUUUUUGCUUCUCUGGAGUGUGUCCAGAAACAGCAGCACACUGGGUUUGUCUUUAGAGAUGAGCUCUCGGAGCAGAAAGACUUGCUGACUCCUGACCAGUCCUUUCCCAUCACUCAAGACUGCGUGUCAGUUUUACAAUGCAUGUCUAUAUCUACUUAUCCAGAUCUGUACAGUAAUUUAAAACUGAAAAUACGUGAUGUGGUCCAGUAGAAUUUGAAUGCCAGGUAGCUAUGUAGUGUGACAAUGUGUACAGUAUUUAUUGAAGAGGCCAAACUUACAUUUUUGUGCCUGCAUUCUUGAUUAUAUACCAUAAGCUUGUGUUGUGAACAGAGUUGAACUCUGAUUUGUGACGUAGUCUUAAAGUGACUACCAUAUUUUUUUUUAAAUUGCCAAACAUUUGUUCUCAUUUGUUUACAGCCAUGCGUUUAAGGGAAUAUUUCUGGUUAAUUGUGUUCUGUAUUACUGUGAUAAUGUAUGAAGUAAGAAUGUGAAUGUUGCUGCUGUUGUGUAUGUGAAGUGUCUCAGCCUCUGGCCUAUAGCUCUUGAGAAUUAAGCGGAGCUUUAAUAAACUCUUGACUU